CGCUGGCGUUUGUGUUCAGGGAGGCUGAAGCCCAGAGGACCUCCAGCACCUGAGCAGAAAACCGGUACUGCGCGGGGAUUUUGUGGCAGUCCCGGGCAGGAUGAGUGGCGGUGCGCGCCCAUAGUUGACAUGGAUGAUGAAGACGGCCGGUGCUUGCUUGAUGUCAUUUGCGACCCUCAGGCCCUGAACGACUUCCUCCAUGGAUCCGAGAAGAUCGACAGCGAUGAUCUCCUGGACAACACAGGAGAUGCGGCCAGCGCCUUUUUUGAAGGUGCUGGGCUGCACGUCCAGGAGCCCUCCGGCAACCACCUGAACGCCGAGCAGAGCCAGCCCGCCCCGAGCGUGGACCUCGACUUCCUGGAGGAUGACAUCCUGGGCUCGCCGGCCGGCGCCGCCGCCGCCCUGCCCAGCUCGGAGCAGCCCUGCGACAUCCUGCAGCAGAGCCUGCAGGAGGCCAACAUCACGGAGCAGACGCUGGAGGCCGAGGCCGAGCUGGACCUGGGCUCCUUCCAGCUGCCCACCCUGCAGCCCGUGGUGCAGGCCGCCUCCGACGGCGCCCCGCAGAUCUUCUCCGGCGGCGCCGACCUGAUCGGGCUGCAGCAGCCCGCCGUCCUGACGCACCAGGCGCUGGUGCAGCAGCCGGUGGGAGCGGACGUGGUGAACAAGGCCAUCAGCGUGCAGCCCUUCCUGCAGCAGGUGGGCCUGGGGAACGUCACCAUCCAGCCCAUCUCCAACCUGCAGGGCCUGCCCAACGGCAGCCCCGGCGGGACGCUGGGCAUCGCGCCCAUCCAGGUGGUGGGGCAGCAGGUGAUGGCCAUCAACCAGCCGGCGCAGCAGAUCAUCGCCAAGCAGGUGCAGCCCUCGCCGGUGGCCGCCAUGCCCGUGGGCAGCUACAUCGCCCAGCCGGCCCCCGAGCAGCAGCAGGUGACGCUGGCCUCCGCCGGCGUCUCGCCGCAGGGCGCCGGGCUCGUCAUCCAGAAGAACCUGCCGGCCGUGGCCACCACCACGCUCAACGGCAGCUCCAUGUUCGGCGGCGUGGCCGGCGCCGCAGCCUCGCAGCCCCUCACCGUCACCUCCAACCUGAGCAGCCCCCUGGUGCAGGCCCAGAACGUCAUCAUCCACCGCACGCCCACCCCCAUCCAGCCCAAGCCCGCCGGCGUCCUGCAGCAGAAGCUCUACCAGAUCACCCCCAAGCCCUUCGCCCCCAACAAUGCCACCCUGACCAUCCAGAACGAGGCGGCGCUGCAGCAGCAGAAGGCGCAGCAGAACCUCACCUUCAUGACCGGCAAGGCCGGCCAGAACGUCGUCCUCUCGGGCUUCCCCCAGGGGCUGCCGGCCAACGUCUUCAAGCAGCCCCCGCCGCAGCAGCCGGCGCUCAGCAAGCCCAUGAGCGUUCACCUCCUCAACCAGGGCAGCAGCAUCGUCAUCCCGGCGCAGCACGUGCCGCAGGCGGUGCUGCAGGGCCAGAACCAGUUCCUGCUCCCCGGGCAGCUGGCGGGCGCCUCGGCCGUGCAGCUCCCGCAGCAGCUCUCGGCCCUGCCGGCCAACAUGGGGGGCCAGAUCCUGACCGCCUCGCACGCCAGCGGCCAGGCCCACAUCAUCACCAGCCCGGGGCCGGGCGGGCAGCUGAUCGCCAACCAGGCGCUGCCGGCGCAGAUCCUCACCAACCAGAACAUCGCCGGGCAGCUCAACCUGGGCCAGGUGCUGACCUCGCAGAACGCCCACGGCACCGCUCACAUCCUCUCGGCGCCCAUCCAGCUCCAGCCCGGCCAGGUGGGGCAGCCGGCGCUCUUCCAGAUGCCCGUCUCCUUGGCCGGCAGCCUGACCACGCAGAGCCAGCCGGCGGUGGCCGCCUCGCUGCCCGGCGGCGCCAUCGGCCAGCCGGGCCAGACGGUGAUCCAGGGGGUGACGCUGCCCAGCCAGGUGGCCAUGCUGAACGCCGCCGAGAACCUCGGCCCCGCCGUCAGCAUCCAGCCCCCCGCCGCCGCCGCCAGCAGCCAAAGCCCCGGCCUCGUGCAGCCGCAGCCCGCCUCUGCCGCCGGCCUCCUCCCCGGCGCCGAGCAGUCCUCCUCCAUCCUCACCGUCCAGGCAGCCCCGCAGCCGCCCGCCGCGCCGCCGCCGCUGCAGCUGAGCGUGCAGCCCCCGCCGCCCGCCCCGCCGCCCGCCCCGGCGCAGCCCAGCCCCGGCUUGGCCUCCUCCAGCCCCGAGAAGAUCAUCCUGGGCCAGGCGGCCGCCGCCGGCGCCGUCAUCAGCCAGGACUCCAUGCAGAUGUUCCUGCAGCAGGCGAGUAGCUUCCCCCCCGGGGGCUGA